AAGAGAGGGAGGUGAAAAAGAGGAGACCAGAGAAAGAGACAGAAGAGAGAGAGGGGGGAGACAGGGACAACACCUCAUCAAGAAGGAAAGGACAGAGUGAAGGGUUGUAAGCGACACACAAUACUGCAUAAACAUGACCUUGGCAGCAUAUCGAGACAAGGUGAAGGAGCUCCCUCUAGUGUCACUUCUGUGCUCCUGCAUCAACUCAAACAAUGCAGAGAAUCCCACAUACAAGGCUGAGGAUGCAGUGGAUCUCAACUGGUGUGUGAUCAAAGAUAUGGAGGUCAUUGAGCUGAACAAGCGGGCCUCGGGCCAGGCAUUUGAGGUGAUCCUGAAACCUCCCUCUUUUGAGGGUGUGCCUGAGCUUAACACUUCCAUGCCCCAGCGUAAGGACCCCUCACUGGAGGAGAUCCAGAAGAAACUGGAAGCCGCUGAGGAGAGGCGGAAGUUUCAGGAGGCCGAGCUGUUAAAGCAUCUUGCUGAGAAGAGGGAGCAUGAGAGAGAGGUCAUCCAGAAGGCAUUUGAGGAGAACAACAACUUCAUUAAGAAUGCUAAAGAAAAGCUGGAGCAGAAGAUGGAGGCCAUCAAAGAGAACCGUGAGGCUUUUCUUGCUGCCAUGCUGGAGAGACUACAGGAAAAGGACAAACACGCAGAGGAGGUGAGGAAGAACAAAGAGCUGAAAGAGGAGGCCUGCCGGUAGAGGAGCGCCUGCUGCGCAGGACUGAUGUGGCUAUGGUCAAGGGGAAAAGUAAUGGAGAUGAAACUGAUAACUGAAAAAUAAAACAAAUGCUAGCCAAUACACCUCAAAAAGGGGACAUAUUGGACAUUGAUAAUGACAAUUUGCAACACACCAUGCUUUUUUGGAAAGCUACUUAAUGUUAUCAAAAACAGAAAAAAUAUUGUCUAGAUGGCAAUGCAAGGUGCACUAAGGGAAUGUUGCUUGGUGGAGAACAGGAGGUUGCUUCAGAGCAGAAGAACUGAUCUUUUG